AUGACAGAGGCCUUCACAUCUAAUCAGUUGAUGGAGAUCUUGACUCGUAUGCCAGAUCCCCGACAAACCAAAUUCUCCGAUCUGUGGGACGGCUUCAUAUCCAAGAUUUUCUCUAGCAUCAGAGACGUCUCUGCGGCCGGAAUUUUUCAUUUGGAAUCCGGAACUCUCUUGGUCAAAACUCCGGCUUUCAACGCCCAGGCUGGUGAGCUGGAAGACAUCGUGGACAGAUUUGACGAUCUGGAUGGACUGUACGGCGAAGGAGUGACAAUUAAUGGCGAAAACUUCAAGGUUCGUCUCGCGGAUGGAAGGUUCGGGAUACUGGCACGGACAGGCUUUAGAGGAUGUUCGGUGUGUAAGACCUUCUCCCUGUUAAUUGUAGGGGUCCACGACGAGAGGGGCAAGGGUGCCAAAUGUAACGAACUGGUCAUGCGGAUAGGGGAUUACUUCUUCAGAAAGGGCUUGUGA